GACUGGGAUGUUGGAAAUGUGCGGGAAGCCCUGACUGGGACUUGCUGUGGGGUAAGAAAUGAAAUUCUCCAGGCUGGCCGGCGGGGAAGAGAGAACGAUUGGAUCCCUGCACUCCACACUCACCAGAUUUUGAGCUCCUGCAAGGAUGGAAAAUCCCCCUGCUGUGGGAUAAGCUGCCCUGUGUGUGUGCCUGCCUCAGCAUGCUGAAAGCUCCCACCUCGAUUCCAACACUACACCAGCUCCUGGCCAUCAAACCUCACUAGAACUUUGUCUGCUCAACUCCAGAGCCUGCUCAGCUCUGCCCUGCUCCUGCAGCCCAUGAUUCCAUGCCUCUAAUGAGCUGAACGAGCCCAGCGAGGAGCUCCAGGCUCUGUCUAACGCACCGGCCCUGUUGCAGAGCUCAGUGGUGCUGCCAGCAGCUCCUCCAUGGCUGCAGCCAGCGGCGAGGGGACAGCAGGGACCCAGCUGCUGCCAGCUGGCACUGCCCUGGCCCUGCUCGGUGGCCUGGUCUACCUGGGCACCCUGUGUGCUGCCUGCAAACGGAGGGGCAGGAAGAAGGUGGCUCCGGACGGGGUGAAGCUCGUGGAUGAGGCCCUGCUCUGCCAGACACAGCUGCGGUCACUCAGCAAGUCAGACACGAAGCUGCACGAGCUGUACCGGGUGAAGGUCAGAGAUGUCCAGCGUCCAGCCAGCCUGGAUCUCCCAGGUCCCAGGGCCUCUGGGGGUGAAUCCCUGCACAGCUCUGGCCUCCUGCACCGUGAGCUGCCCCAGAUCCCCGUCCCUGAGCCCCCGGCCACCUCCCCAGCCCCCGACCAGACCUACUCCAACCUGCUCUUCACCCCGCUGCGCAAACCAGCGCCAGACGCUGUCUAUGAGUGCCUGGCAGUGGGGGAGGAGGGCACCCCGGCGCCCCCCAUGCCAGCUGGCACCCAGCCGCCCCCUCCACGGGCUGUGCACGGGGCAGCUGAUUACGCCUGUGUCCAUAAAGUGAGGAAGGUGGUGCCGGUGGAGGUGCAGGAUGGGGCUGUGGCAGGACCCUCUGGAGCACAGCACGGCUGGGAUGGCACAGGCAGUGCCCCUCAUGCCAAGCUGGAGGAGAUGUACUCGACAGUGUGCAAAGCCACCAAGAAGAAAUCCCAGGUCCCUGCAUCAACCCCGAGGGCUGUGAAGGAGGGGGAGUCUGGGUGGCUGCCCCCCUGCCAGCAGGAGGGGGCCCCAGCAGCCCCAGGUGCCCCUGACCCCUGUUAUGAAUCCAUCAAUGACAGAGCAUGGACUGCUCAGGCCCGUGGCCCCGAGCCUGACUAUGAGGCUGUGGACAUGAACUGGAAGAAGGCAGCGAAACGGGACAAGCCAGGGAAGCCCUGUGUCCCUGAGAACCUCUAUGAGAGUGUGGUGGAUGUCUGGGCAGGGGGGUCCCAGAAAGGCUCUGCCCGGACAGCGGCCAAUGGGCUGCAGGUUUACAUCACCAACCUAUAGCCCCCAGGAGCAGGGGCAGUGCCACAGGGGGACCCACCAGGCUGGACACCACUGGGUGCCAAAGGGACAGGUGCCAGCAGCCCUGUGCCCACCUGUGCCCUGCACUCACUCUCUGUAUAUAUUUUCUGUUACUUUUCUACCAGUGUUGUUGUCCCAUCUCAGCCCAGCUGGUGAUGGUGGGAUGUCCAAGGAUGGGCAGUUUGGGGGUGCUGGGUGGGACCCAGUGAGUCAGGGCUGGCACUGGCACCAGGAUGGGAAC